ACGAACAUUCCCAUCGAUCUGUGGCAAAAACAGAAUCCCAUUUCGAGAGAGAGUAGAGAACGAUUCAAACAAACAUUUUUUGUAUACAUAUUCCGAAAACAAGUGAACAAAUAGAGGCUUACCUGUGUUUCAGAGCAUCUCUUGUCUUGUCCAAAUUCAAUCACACACCCCAUGAAUGUUUUUGUGCCACCUUCUCUGUAAAUUGAGUUAGUGCAUUUCUUGUUGCAACACAAGCACGUAGCCUCCCUCACAUUUUCACUCUCUCUCUCUCUCUCUCGCCCCCUCUGUAAAUUUGGAUUGCCAUUUUCACUACUUCGAUCCUUCUCUGGAGAUAUAUGGUCUCCCAUUUUGGUAGGAAGCAUGCAUGGUCGCAUCGGUGCACAGCAAGAAGAUAAUUUAAGACUGUAGUAGGUAGCAGAGGACGGACAUUUCCAAGCAUGGGAGAUGCCGAAAUUUGAAACGUAGACCGAGUCAAGGCACCCAUCGAGAUCAGCAACAUUAAGCUUGAUUGCAGGAAAUCCGCCAAACCUUAAGAUAGCUAGAGAGGCGGAGACAGAGAAGAAGAGAGGGAAGAAGGGAGAUUUUACUAACAAAGGUGGGUUUUCGGGAUGUCUCAAGUAGCUAGAAGAGACCCUUCACAACUUAAAAUUUUACUUUAAAGAGUUAGAAAGGCAUCGACUGUUACAUUCAAGUCAUGGCAUGCAAUUCAAUGGCCAUUCCCUCCUCCCCAGCGACUACAGCACAAAAGGAUGUGUUCAAAGAACACGAUGGUCUUUUCCGUUCAAACUCUGGCAAGGACUUCUGCAACCGAGCCACUAUGCAGAGAUCCUAUUCAGAUAACCACCUCUGUUAUUCCAUUAACCGUGUACGAGCUGAAUCAACACAACCAAAGCUAAAGAGCAGCCGAUCAGUUGGGAUUUUCCCAUUUCAAAUUGCUAGCUCCAUUAUCCCAACAUCACUUCGGUCAUUUCUGUUUGACCCAGAGACAAGCAAGGACAUGAAUGUUGCGAAGGAUGGAAUUGAAAUAUCGUCAGAUAAGGGUGGGAAUAUAGGGGACAAUUCAGACGACGGCAGUGCUAACGAUGAACUAGGAGAGGUAAAGAGAGCAAAUUGGGUGGAGCGGAUUUACGAGAUCGGAAUUCAUCGGAGGAAGAGACAACAGAAAGAGGAUAUAUAUGGAAAAGAGUCAUCUGAUGCCAACAAAAAUGGUGAUAGCAAUUGUGAGGGUGGUUGCACGGUAGACUACAACUCAGAAGAGGAAGGAGGAGAAACAAAAUAUGAUCGGGAAACGUUUUCAAGAUUUUUGGCUCCCGUUGCAUGGUCUGAUAUCAAGCUAUUCUCAAAGCUGGCUUUCUUGUGCAACAUGGCUUACGUUAUACCAGAGAUUAAGGCCAUGGAUUUGAGGAGAUAUCAUGGCCUACACUUUGUAACAUCUUCUUUAGAGAAGAAGGCGGAGGCUGCUGCCAUGAAAGAGAAGCUCGAUCAGGACUCUACUCACGUCCCGGCAGCUGCUUCUGUAGUUGCCAAAUCCAACCCGCAGAACACAGAGGAACCUGAGCAGAAGCACCCAAUACGGUCAUCUGUUGCUUAUGGGAUUGCUGCCUCAGCAGCAUCUUAUGUCCAAUCACAUGCACGAGGCCUUCUUUGUCAUGGCGCUCAACCUCAGCAGGAAGGUGAGUGUGCUGAUUCAAGCAGUACUGGAAACCAACCAGUUGAGGACAGAGACCGACCAGUUGAAGAUUGUGAGAGAUCUCAACGAGUAUAUAAAAAAUCAGAGGUGGCUGCUUACGUUGCAGCUUCAACUAUGACAGCAGUGGUUGCAGCUGGGGAGAAGGAAAAACAGGAGGCAGCAAGGGACCUUCAGUCACUUCACUCGGCACCUUGUGAAUGGUUUGUUUGUGAUGACAUAAGGACGUACACACGAUGCUUUGUGAUCCAGGGAUCUGACUCCCUUGCAUCUUGGCAGGCAAACCUCCUAUUUGAACCAGCUAAGUUUGAGGGUACAGAUGUGCUUGUCCACAGAGGAAUUUAUGAAGCGGCAAAGGGAAUUUAUGACCAGUUCGUGCCAGAAAUUAUGGAACACUUGAACAAGUAUGGAAAGCGUGCUAAGCUUCAAUUUACUGGCCAUUCUCUAGGGGGUAGCCUCUCUCUUUUAGUUCACUUGAUGCUACUAACCAGAAAGUUUGUCAAGCCCUCCACUCUUAGGCCAGUGGUCACUUUUGGCUCACCAUUUGUAUUCUGUGGAGGCCAAAAAAUCCUAAAUCAUUUGGGGUUGGAUGACAACCAUGUACAUUGUGUAGUGAUGCAUAGAGAUAUUGUCCCAAGAGCUUUCUCCUGCAACUACCCCAACCAUGUGGCACUAGUCCUCAUGCGAUUAAGUGGCUCCUUCCAGUCACACCCUUGUCUAAUUAAGAAUAAAUUUUUGUACUCUCCACUUGGGAAAUUAUUCAUACUCCAACCUGAUGAGAAGUCAUCUCCUCCACACCCUUUACUGCCUCCAGGCAGUGCACUGUAUGCUUUCAACAAAACCCAAUAUGGGUUCUCUGCAAGUGCCAUAAAGGCAUUCCUGAAUUGUCCCCACCCACUGGAAACUCUUAGUGAUCCUAAAGCCUACGGCUCAGAAGGUACAAUUUUAAGAGACCAUGACUCAAGCAACUACCUAAACGCAGUGAACAAGGUUAUAAGGCAAAACUUAAAGAUGGUUCGUAAAGUACAAGAGCAGAGGAAUCAAUUGUGGCCAUUGCUGGCCUCACCGUCUCCACAUUCAUGGAACCAUGAAAACACUCUGGAAAAGAGUGUGCUAGGGACCAAGGAAGUCAUGACUCGUGUCUGAAGCUCUUUUGCAGGGUUCUCCCCUGGUUAGAUAUGCACAAGACACUGACGAGAGAAUUUUCUGUUUCUCCUUUCAUCUGUUUGUACAUACAGUCAAUAUGUAAAGCCAAUAAACUCUUGCAUCUGUACUUAUCAUUCGUCCUCAUUGAAUAACGCCUUGGUGAAAUCCAAUAUUUCUUGUAGCAAA